UUGAUGAUGAGAAUGAUCAUCCAACAGAGUCUGAGGAAGGAAAUAUUGUUGAACUGAGCUCUUCUUUUUCUUACACAAAAACUCUUGAUACGGAAUUUGAACAGGAAAAUGACAGUAAUAAAGAAGAUAAUGGCAGUGUCUCCAUUGAUGAAUCUUUAUGUUCAAAUAGUGAUGAGCAUGUUAAGAAGGAAAUUACAAUUUCAGAGUUUAGCUGCUCAACUAACCACUAAAUUUGAUAUUCAAACUUUGGAAAAAUUAAUUUCCCUUAUUGAGCCAAAUGUUGCUCUCAUGCAGCAUAAUUCCAGAUCUGAGAACAAACUAAUGUUCUUUAAUGAUAUGUUUCUUGUCAAAAAUCCGGCUUUGGGAACUGCUUUGAAUAAGGCUAAAUCCAUAUAUUGUCUACAAGAAAAAUAUAUUGAAGCAGAAAAUGCAACGUCUGCUACAGCGGCUAGCCGCAGGCUCUUAGAUGGAGUUUUUACUCCUGAAGCCUUAUCUGUAUGCUCCCUAUCAGGAAUGCCACCUCGAAGUAAAGGGAAAUUAGCAUACGCAGACAAAUCCUUGAUUAAACCAUGUCUUUGUCCUAACGCGGUAACCGCUAUCAUAGACAAGAAGUACGAUGAUGUAGUACCGCUUUGCACGGAAAUCAUUCAAAGACCCGAAUUUGAUAAGUUACCUUCAUCUAAACUAGAGGUGCUAUUGUUACGAGCUACAUUUUACAUACUUAUGGGCAAACUCGAUUCUGCAAUCCAAGAUUUUGAAAGAAUAUUGAAUAGCGAAAAUGCAUCUGAUGACGUGAAGACAAACGCCCUAGUAAAGAGAGGAACCUUAUAUUCGGGUUGCAAGGAUCUAGAAAUGGCUUUCAAAGACUUUGAAUUAGCUAUUAAUAUGAAUCCAAGUUAUAGUGAGAUCUACUAUUUCAGAGGACUGCUAUAUUGGGCUAUUGGCAGAUUUGAUGAAUCUACGCACGAUUUUGACAAGGCUGUUUCAUACAAUUCAAACUUCUGCAUAGCGUACUUGCUAAAAUAUUCCUGUCAGUAUUAUUUUAUAAAAAAUGUAUGUGGCUUUUUUAACACAGAUUGUACAGCUGUUAAAUUAGCCGCCGAAACUGCGAAACAUAUUAAGAAAUGCUUCAAAUUUUAUUCAAGUAUUUCCGAACGUUCAUUGUGUUAUAUAUGUUAUGCUCAGAUGUUGUGCGAAAGUCGGCAGUACGAGAAGGCUGAUAUUUUUCUUGUUAAAGCAAUGAAGGAAGAUCCAGAAAACGCACGUAUCCAUGUGAACAGAGCCAUAUUGCAAUUAUUGUGGAAAAAUGAUGUUGAUAAAGCUGCGGAACAUCUGACCAAAGCGUUAGAAUUGGAUGAGAGAUUCGAGGGGACACAUGAAAUAUUAGGACAUAUCGCAAUACGAAAAGGAAAUCUAGAGGAAGCAAUAGGAUUGUUUGACAAGGCUUUAUCAUUAUGUCGUAAUAACAUGGAAUUGAUACGCAUAUUCAACUUGAGAAAGAAUGCAAAAUUACAACUUAAAAUGAAGAAUCGAGUAGUCAAGGGUCCCCGCAGCCGCUAUGUGACCGAUGUGACCACAGACAUCUAUUAGACACCUAACAAG